UAUAGCUGCUCUGAGCAGCAGAGUUCUCCUGGCAGCCAACAUGAAGGGUCUAGUCUCGUUCUGCUGCUUCCUCGCUGUGCUGGUCCUGGGGACAGCAGAACCGGCAUCCGAAGAGGUCGGCAGCCACCCGGAGAGCCACGAUGAGCCGCUGGUCCGACUCCAGCUACAGCACAAUGGGGGCGACCUCCUUACGCGCACGUGCAACGGAGACAACAAUCUCCUCUUUAACGGCAUCAAAAAAACUAUAGAAAGUACAGAAGCUGAGGAGGACAUAGUCCCGAAACCUGACGCAGUAUCAGCCCUGGAAGAUGGGGAAGAGAACGAGAAGAACGAAGAGCUGAACGCUGCAGAGAAUGGAGAGCCUAAUGCCUCAGAACAAGACAGUGCAGAGGCUGCAGAACACAACCCUGCAGACGAAGAGGAGGAAGACUUGCAGGAUGAAGAAUCAGAUGCCUCGGAGGAGCAGGGUGAGGAAGAGACUGCAAAGAAGAACACCUCUGAAGAGGAAGACAAAGAAUCAAAGACGUCGGACGAAGAAAAGGGUAAAGAAUCAACCACAUCCACAGGAGAAGACACAGAUUUAGAGUCUGAAGAACAGAGUGCAUCAGAAGAAGAAAAAGGAGAAGAGGCUGGAAGAGAGUCCACAUCAGAGGAAGAAGAAACGGAUGCCUCAGAAGAAGACACAGAUACUAGUGAGUCUGAAGAACAACAGCCUGACGAGGGCGAUUCGACUUCAGAGGUGACGGAAGUUGGAGAGAAUCUUGCAGAGGCCGAAGGGGGUGACGCCACUGAUGCCUCCCUUGAGUCUGAGGAGCAAAGCGAUGAGAGUGAAAGUCUAAACCGGGAAGAUGAGACUGACCCUGAGUCAGAAGGAGAGGAUGAAAAACAAGAUGAAGUCGGCCAAGCUUCAUAUGAAGCAGACAAGCCAUUAGAAGAAGAGGAUGAAUUGUUGGCCUCUCUCCUUAGAGACAGAUCUCACAUUGAAGAAACACUCAGGCUGAAAGAGGACACCAAGUCAGACGACUACUCAGCUGCACUACAGCGUCUACGAAAGGUCUACCACUCCGCUAUCAAACCUCUGGAGCAGGCCUACAAGUACAACGAGCUGAGGCAGCAUGAGAUCUCAGCUUACCCCGGACGAACGUUAGGAGCCUCAGCGACAGAUGGGGAGAUCACCUCCAAACCUAUGGUGUUGUUCCUGGGACCAUGGAGCGUUGGCAAGUCCUCAAUGAUAAACUACCUCCUGGGGCUGCAGGACACUCCUUACCAGCUGUACACAGGGGCUGAGCCCACGACCUCCGAGUUCACAGUGAUCAUGCAUGGUGAGAAGAUCCGCUCCAUCGAAGGCAUCGUCAUGGCGGCCGACAGUUCUCGCUCCUUCUCCCCCCUGGAGAAGUUCGGACAGAACUUCCUGGAGAAGCUGGUUGGCAUCGAGAUGCCACACAAGAUGCUGGAGAGGGUCACCUUCGUGGACACGCCCGGCAUCAUUGAGAACCGCAAGCAGCAAGAGAGAGGCUACCCCUUCAAUGAUGUGUGCCAGUGGUUCAUCGACCGCGCUGACCUGAUCUUUGUGGUCUUCGACCCCACUAAGCUCGACGUGGGUCUGGAACUGGAGACGCUUUUCCGACAGCUCAAGGGGCGCGAGUCGCAGAUCCGCAUCAUCCUGAACAAAGCAGACAGCCUGGUCACUCAGGACCUGAUGAGAGUCUACGGCGCCCUCUUCUGGAGCCUGGCCCCGCUCAUUAACGUGACCGAGCCCCCCCGCGUCUACGUCAGCUCCUUCUGGCCCCUGGACUACGCGGCCGACACCAGCCGGGAACUCUUCAAGAAGGAAGAGAUCUCUCUGCUGGAGGACCUGAACCAGGUGAUUGAAAACCGCCUGGAGAACAAGAUCGCUUUCAUCCGGCAGCACGGCAUCCGGGUGCGCAUUCACGCCCUGCUGGUGGACCGCUACCUCCAGACCUACCGCGACAAGAUGACCUUCUUCAGCGACCCCGAGCUGGUCUUCCAGGAGAUCCUGGACGACCCAGACAAGUUCUACAUCUUCAAGUCCAUCCUGGCCAAGACCAAUGUCAGCAAGUUCGACUUGCCCAACCGCGAUGCCUACCGUGACUUCUUUGGAAUCAACCCCAUCAGCAACUUCAAGCUGCUGUCCGCUCAGUGCUCCUACAUGGGAGGCUGCCUGCUGGAGAAGAUCGAGAGGGCCAUCACCCAUGAGCUUCCGGGCCUCUUGGGGAGUAUCGCUUCAGAUAGGAACCCAUCUCUAUCAUCUUGCGAAGCCACAGGCUGCGGAGAGAAGCCCAAGAACCGCUAUAAAAAGCACUGAAGAGAAGGAGAGGAGGAGGAGAGACGGAGGAGGAGGAGAGGAGGAGAAGGAGGAAGAGGAGAGGAGGACAGAAGCUUUUCUGUUCCUCCACCAAAAAAAAAAUAGAAAAUGCUGCGGCCGUGGAAUUCUUUAAAAAAAAAAAACAAAUAAAGUAGAAAAAAUGUAAUACACGACUCCCUCCUCUCUCCCUGUACAGUACGUGCAGCACAGGACUGGCAUUGACAUGAAAAUCACGGGGGAAAAAAUCAAAGAAAAAAAUUGAAAAAUAGAAAAUAAGAUAACAAAGACUUUCAGUCAGUACCAGCCCCCUAUGUAUGUGAAUAAAAAUGGGAAAAGGUGAUAGAUUUGCUGUUCUAUUGUUAUGUUAAUUAUUAGUAUUAUUUUUUUUUUAAAUUCAGGUGCACAGAUUAUGGUCCUGUACGCUCAUCAGUAUGCUAGAGCUGUAACUUUUUGCAAAAGCAUCAGUAGAUAUAUCUGGGGUGUCCUUGUACAUUUGGGCGAAGGGGGUGGAUUAUAGGGAUAUGAGAUACAGUUUCAAUCUCCAAUCCACCCUCAUUCAUAUUCAAGGCUUCAUUUGGAGCCAAAAGAAAAAGGGCCAGUACUCACCAACUGACAGAACUGUACCCCUGUCACAUGACAAAGGACAAGGUGGACUUCAUCUGGAAUGCCAACUUUGUCAUGUGACAAGGGCUGUCGUUGAAUCUUAUCCAGGUUGAUCAGCUGUCUACUGCCAUGUGUAUCUGUACCUCAUUUUAUAUACGAGACUCAGCAGUAGUUGGUGUUGUAUUCGGGACAAACCCCUCCGUGCAUCUCUUUUGUUUGGGAUCUCUUUCAGUAGUUCUGCUUUGGGAACGGCAAGCACUGAGAAGGUCUUGCUUGUCACCUUGCAUUAGAAUGACCAGGUGGUUCUAUUACUGCCUUUUUACAUCGACAAAGCCUGAGGAAUCUGUAGAAUCCCAGGUAACUGAUAGGAUUCCUCUGCAGGAUCGGUGGCUGAUGCAUUUAAAGGGGGAAGGCUUGCGGACAGUGGACAGUCUGCGGUGACGGAGAGGAGAAGGUCUGGGAGGGGGAUAGGUAGAAAUAGGAGAAAGGAAAAGGGGAGCUCCGUUUGUAAAUGUAAUUUAUUUAAAAAAGGGAAAGGUUGUUAAAAGACUGAAGGUAGUCAGGUGAGCGUAAAGCUGUCCACGGAUCACACAGCUACUGGUUUACUGUCCCGUAAUCUCACUACUUUCCCCACUCUUGUCUGCUUCCUGCUGUGUGUAUUCCACAGGUUUUAGUUUUCUUUCUUCUGGAGAGAAACUGCUUCUUGCCGUUUGUCUUCCUCUUCUUUUUCUUUUCUUUUCUGCCCUUCUCAUUUCUUCCUUUGCUUUGUCUUUACCUCCCCUCCCUCUUCCUUUAUUAUUUAUUCUUUCCUUCCUUGUUUUCUGUCUUUCUUUGAUGUUGGGGUGAGCCGUUGUCUAAACCUUGGUGCUUCUGAACACUGGCCAGUGUCUCCUGGGAUCCUUAGCUUGUUAACUCACCUGAGACGCUGGGUAUCUGGUGCAAACAGAGGUGGACCUGUUUUAGCUGUAAACCAUGCUGCAAACUUGUGUGUGUGCAUCUGGGAAAACCCUUAACACUUACUGUUUAGCUCAGAAAGCAUUUUAAUAAAAGGUCAUGCUUUUCAAUGGUCA